AACCACUGAAGUAGCACCAUGGCUUUACGUUUCAGCGCUGCGCUCUUUUUACUCUCAGUUCUCUCUUUGAGUUUAUCUGAAGUGAGGGUGAACCUCACAUCUGCUGUGGGAUCAUCUAUAACAUUCCCAGACCCGGUGAAGGAGAGAGGAUUUUUAUCUUUUAGAACAAGGACCAUUGCUUCUAUUUACAAUGGAGUUUUGGAGAUUGAAGAAGACAUUUACACAAACAGACUUCACUGGAACAGCAGCACUGGACACUUCACUCUCUCAGAUCUACAGAAAAAUGACUGUGGAGUUUAUGCCAUCGACUCUAAAAAAGGAAACGUGUUUUAUAAAUUAUAUGAACUAAAAGUCUACGAGCCAGUGUCACGUCCAGUAGUGUCCUGUGUGAACAUGAGCGCUGAUAUCUGCACUCUUCAGUGUUCAGUGACUCUCACGGAGCAGACCACACUGAGCUGGUUCAGAGGAGAGCAGCCUGUGGACAGCAGCAGCUCUGCAGUGCAGCUCCUCACUGUCCAACUGAGGAAAAACACCCCAGAGUACAAAUGUGUGGCUCAAAACCCCGCUGAUGAGAAGAUUGUUAUAGUUGAUAUUACUGCUGUCUGCACAUGCAAGAAGAAAGACUUGAGUAAUGAGCAAACAAAGAAUUCAGAUCUUAAGAUAACAGUUGACUACAGCCUUAGAAAAUGUAUUGAAAUUCAACUUCCCGAGCUACAAUCAGCCUCACCUUUUGCAGUAUAUUAUCCAGACAACGACAACAACGACAACAACAACGACAACCAGACCAAAGAUGAGGGCCACAGUGGGGUGUGUCUGACUGAGAACGAGUCUCAUUACAACACCAGAGCCAUAAACAGGAACACGGAUGGCUCCACGGACUAUGGCAUUUUUCAGAUCAACAGCAGAUACUGGUGUAAAGAUGGAGGAGUGAGCGCCGCCAACGGCUGUGGAAUCAACUGCUCAGAUCUGCUCAGCGACAACCCAACAGUGGCCAUAAAUUGUGCCAAACGAGUCGUACGGGACCCCAACGGCAUCAGGGCCUGGGUGGCAUGGCGGCGGAACUGUCAGGGCCGAGACCUGAGCAGGUACCUCGCUGGAUGUGGAGUUUGAAAAAGAAAACCACAUGAAUGUCAUUGAAACAGCAUAAUCUUAGGCUUAGCUGCAUUUUACUUUGAACGAGGCUAUAUGUAAGGUUCUUUUCUCCAUGAAGAUGUUGUUGUUUGAUUAGAUAGUUCCUCAAAAUGGUUUUAAAUUUAAUAAUCUCCAUGGAGACAAGCAAAUUACUCUACAAUAAAAACACCUGUUAUUAAAUACAUACGAGAUAGAUACAGUCAUACCAUACUGUGGAACAUUCAAAACAAAACAAUAACAUUUUCAAGACAAGCAGGUGACGGACUCUCCACCAGAAAGUUGAAAUAAUGCAUCUUUCACACAGAAUCAGUUACAUUAUUUGUGAUUUCUUGCUGUAAACCUGAGGCAAUAAAGAGUUUGAAGCAUUUUA